GAUGGAAUUUGUCGAACAGACAUAGAUCAAAGAUGGCCUAAUCCUAAUAGCAUUGGUGAAAUCUGAAAUUUGCGUUGAUGAUGAUGAUUGAAUAGUGUUAAAUUUUUCUCCUAUUCUAAAUUUGUUUCGUGUCGUUUUUCGUUCAUAACUUUAUUGAAAUUGGUUUUUUGUGCUACUUUGGAUGGAGCUCUGAUCAAGAUUAAGAUUGGACAGAAUGAAGUCAGUGCGGCCUCGUUGUUUCUUCGACAUAGAAGUGGGUGGCCUUCCCGUCGGCCGUGUUGUGUUCGAAUUGUAUUCGGAGUCAUGUCCACUUACAGUCGAAAAUUUUCGAGCCCUCUGUACGGGAGAGAAGGGUCUCGGAAAAACGACUGGAAAACCACUGCAUUACAAGGGAAUUAUUUUCCACAGAGUUGUCAAGGACUUUAUGAUACAAGGGGGUGAUUUUUCUGUUGGAAAUGGGACUGGUGGCGAGUCUAUUUACGGCGGUACAUUUGAUGAUGAGAACUUGGAACUCAAACAUGAUAAACCGUAUCUACUCUCAAUGGCUAAUAGAGGAAAAAAUACAAAUGGCUCUCAGUUUUUCAUUGAGUGAGGGGCUGAGCUGGCAGCCACCCUUCUUCCCUUCUUCGUCUUACCGUAAUCCAUGUUUUGUGUUGUUGUAGAACUACACAGCUGGCACCUCACCUUGACGGUAUCCACGUAGUGUUUGGGUGUGUGGUGUCCGGUGAGGAGGUGGUCGCUCACAUAGAGAACCUCGCGGUGGACCGCAUGUCGCGGCCAUUGCAGGAUGCCAAAGUCACCAACUGUGGCCAGCUCGUGCUCAAAUCGAAAACCAAACCGAAGAAAGCCAAGAAACGAGCCGCUGAAGAGAACACCUCCUCUGACUCUGAUGACAACCGAGAGAAGAAAAAGAAGAAGCACAAGAAAUCCGAGAAGAAAAAGAAAAGGAAGAAGGACAAGAGCGAGAAAAGGAAAUCGAAAAGUGGAGGAAGUGAAGGUGGCGGGGAAGACAGUGAGGAUGGCGAAAUUUCCGAGUCCGAAGAAAAAGGACAACCACAUCCUCUGGUCACUGUGUCUAGUAUAAAGUCUGAAGAAAUUCCUGAGGUUCCACACAACAGGUUCCUGGAUCGUGGAGGAGGACGUGACAAGAAAGAUCACCGAAGCAAGGACAAAGAAAGAGAUAGGGAUAGGGAGAGAGGACGAGACAGAGAGCGCAAAAGACGGCCUAGAAUUCGCGGUGUCACGAAAAGUGGUCACAUCAUCAAAGGCAGAGGAGUUUUUAGAUAUCGUACUCCUUCGCGUAGUCGUUCACGCAGUUUUACACCACCUCAUUGGAAGCAGGCACAGAGAAGGACAAUCAAGCUCUACGAAUAUGAGAAACUCGAGAUCGAGCGCAAAAAGAUGGAAGAAGAGAUGAAAGAGCGAAACGAAGAAAUGAAGAAGCAUCCUGGUGACAAGGAGCCAGCUGACCAAUAUCAGUCAGCGAAGAGGAAAAUUGAUGCCAGGAAUUCGAACAAAUUCGAAGGAAAGAACGAAAGAUCUCGCAGGGAAGAGCCGUCCUCAGAAAUGGAAGAGGGAGAGACGAGGGACUCAGAGGAAGAGGAAUCAGUAGCUAAACGAGGAGGUGGAGGGAGAAAGACAAGCACAAAGGAGAGGGUUAGAAACGGACGAAACCAGCACAGUGAGCACGAAGAAGACGAGGAGAAUGAGAGAGAGGGUAGGCGAAUGAAAGAGAAGAAAAAGAAGGAGGAGGAUGAAAGCAGCUCGGAUGAGAGUGACGAAGAAAGGAAAGAGAAGGCUCGAAAGAGGGAGCUGGCGGCUGCUAAGAUGAAGGAGCCUGUCGACUACAAUGCACUUGACUACGAGAGUGCUGGAUCCGAUUCCGAUGAAAAUGUUAAGUUGCGGUCGAAAGUAGAGCCAGCUGAUCGUCCAGCAAAAUCGAACGACAAUUCAAGACCGCCUCAUGCGGACAGAGAUUCUUCCCCAAAACCUCAAUCUCGAGAAAUUGCCAAAUCUGCACAAAACAAACAUACUGGUCAAAGUCGUUCAUCCAAGUCGCCAGAGCCACACAAGUCGACAACCAACGCUGACAAGAAGAAAGUGGAAGAAGAUGAUGUGGGAAAUGAUAAUGAAUCCGAAGCUCUGACAAUGUUGGCGCAGUUGGAGGCGUUGGAGGGGAAGAGUAAAGUGGAAGGGGAGGGGGAAAAGAAGGAAGAUAGAGGGGAGAAGAAGGAGAAUGAGGAGGAGGUGAGGAGUAAGUUGGAGAACGAUGUGAGGCUGAGGUUGUUGGCGAAAGUGCAGGAUAAAGAGAAAGUGAAAGAUAAGAGUGAGAAGAAGGAUGUCAUCACAUCGCGGAAACGUUCGCGGUCCAGAGAGCGUAGGAGAGAGAGGUCGCGUGAACGCUCUUCGCGGCGAGAGAGAUCGCGCGACCGCAAGGACCGGUCCAAGUCGGGCGCGAAGAGAGAUCGGUCGCGGUCACGGAGACGCCAGCGGUCGCGGUCGCGUUCGGAUCGCGGUCGGCGAGGGUCACGUGGCAGGGGGGGAGGCAGUAGUCGCGGACGAUCACGUGACAGGCGACUUUCAAGAGAGAGAAGGAAGACGUCGUCGUCGUCCAGGCAGAAGAGCAGGAGGCAUUCCAGAUCCACAGACAGAAGGAAAGACGAUAGGAAAGCCGUCCAAAAAUCGACGAAAGACUCCAGAAAAGAAGAAGAAAGGAAAGAAAAGGAGAAGCAGCCGGUGACAGCUGGAAGUGACGGCACAAAGGAGUCCCGGGAAGAAGAAGCGAAAAGAAAACUGACGGCGCGCUUGAAAGAAUUGAAGGAUGCUAAAGAUUUGAAAAAGUUCAAAAGAUCCUCAUCGAGUUCGUCAUCGUCAAGCUCGUCUUCCCGAAGCAGUUCAAGCUCAAGUUCGUCUGCAAGCUCCGAUAGAAUGUAUGCUAAACGUCGUUGAAGUUAUUUGUGAACCCUCCGCUAAAUGUCUAUUAAGCAGCAUUUCAAUGAGCUAUUAGUGUCAGUGCAUUGUUGAGUGAAUGGCAAACUCAACUAUAUUUGUCCUCUGUUAAAUGUCUGUAAGCAUUUGAAUGAGUUAUUAGUACAAGAUGUAUUAGAAUGAUUGAUAUUUCAACAUUAUAUUAACUUCAGGUUUAGACGUUGAUGGAAGUUUGAUCCCAGGUCAACUUUUAUAAUUCGUAUGAGUGAUCAAGCUUUGAUUGUAAUAUUAUCAGUCUAAUUAGCUUAUAGAUGUACCUCAGGAUUAUUUUUGUGUUGCAAUAAGUAACCAACACACUUGAAUUUAUUAUAUUGAUCACACCAUUAUGAGUUCAACCUUUACAGUAAUUAUAAGGAACCAAACAUGCAUAUGACAUUUUCAUUCAUCAUUAGAAUUUCCUCGGAUAAUGGCUGUUUUCGACAAUUUCUCGCCGACACGAGGACACGACACCCUAAGGCCCGCCGCACAGUAGACCCACGCUAAUCCACGAAAAGCAACCCACGCCGUGGGAUGUUUUGUAAACCAUUGCUAGGCUUUUCCAGACAUCUGUGUAAUACAUGUAAUGAAUAACCCACUUGUCAGCUGAUUGAUUAUGAAUAAUUCUAUAGCAAUGGUUUACGAAACAUCCCACGGCGUGGGUUGCUUUUCGUGGAUUAGCGUGGGUCUACUUUGCGGCGGGCCUAAAGAUUUUCCGAUUGGCUGAUAAUCAGCAGUUGGUGAGAAUUAGCCAACCUGAUAACAUUCUGGGUAUCGAGUGAAAACGGUCAACGGCAUUAUUUUCUUACCGUAGAUUACUUGCUCUUGUCACUGCAGUAACAUACAGUCCGAACUGAUUAUUACAGUCAAAGGUAAUUCGGAUUUUGGUGUAUAAUCAAGAAAAUAACAUUAAGAGCCGGUUUCCGAGCUCGGCAUUUAGCUAAGUCCUAGACUUUAAACAGCUGGAGUCAGAAAAUUGGCUUUCCUAAACGGGGCGUAGUCGCAGCUUUUAUAUUAACAGUAGUCGUAGUUUUUAUUUUCUCAUUUCUAUAAUUGGAAACGUUUUUCCUUGACGAAAUAUAAUUCAAAAUAGCUGAAUCUUUCACUAUUUUCUCUUUAUUUUAUUUUGUGUUCAAUUUUCUAGUUUUUUGAAAUUUAAUUCAAACAUGACUAUUACAAUGACUGCGACUACGCCUCGUUUUGGAAAACCAAUUUUAUAACUCCAGCUGUUAAAAGUCUAGAACUUAGCUAAAUCCCGAGCUCGGAAACCGGCCCUUAGUGUGAUGUGCUAGAUAACAUCAUUCAGAAUGAUAAUUCAAUGAUUCACAAAACACGAAUCAUUGAAAUAAUUGGGGAAGGACCAACAGGCACAGCCCAAAACUGUUCUUUCCCCAAAAUUUUAAUCAUUGAUUCGAAGAUCAGAGAGUUUGUCCUUUGUUUUCUGUUGCAGUCACAAUGUUUCAAUCUUGUUGUUCCUUACUUUAGGUAACCUAAUAAGAUUUUACCCUCUGGUUUUCCUCAUAGAAAAUGAUCUCAUAAUUGCAUGCUAUGAAAUUUAAUUUUCAGGAAAUAAUCCAACAACCUGUUCAAUGAUUCACAUUAAUUUGUUAUGAAAAUAAAACUUGUUAACAAUAUUCACUGUAAUUGAUGCAUUCCUCUGUUUGAAGUAAUGUAUCUAAUUUAAAAAAGUAUGUGUUGAUGUAGUUUUAGCUCAAAAUAAAAUAUAAAUGUCAAUAAUUAUAAUUUGACAGUGCCAGUCUCUUGCAGUUACUGUUUUAAUUCUAUGAUUAAUAUUUAUUAUUGUUUUUCGAUAAAUUGAGUAUGAAUGCUACCUUCAAAAUUGCAACAUUUCGUAGUACAUCAGUCAUGGUCCUAUAACAGAGGAAGAGACCUUACUUUUCAACAGUAUUGAUAAUUAUUGCAGUCUAUAGUAUUUUUUAUUUGAAAUCAAUGAAUGAAAGUAUCCUUUUUUAUGAAAAACGUAUUUAUAAUUUAUUAUUUUAUUGAUUCAAUGAUAAACAAUUUUAAUUAAAUUUAUUUAUUAGUAAAUAAUACAGUUUUAUUCUUGCACCAUCUGGUAUGGUAUUAGCUAUCAUAUAAUUUAUAUAUAUUCUUCUCUAAAACUGAGUAAUUAUUUUACAUAUGAAUCGUGCAUUAGUACUGUUCAAUACUAAUGAGUUAGAAGGCUAGAAGAUGGUUUCUUCAAAACCACUAAAUUCACCAAAAGUGGUUUCUUCACCAAAUUCACUAAAAAGAUUUUGCAUGAGAGUCUAGUUUCGGUUAAUUUUUAUCAUCUACCGUCUACUCUAUCACUAUUAUCUACAAUCCAUAAUCAUUCACCAUUAGACUCUACCAUUUAUUAUAAUUUAUAUAAAUUAUAACUAAAUUUAUAAUAAAAAUAUUUCUAGAAUAUUGGACUCAACUUCAAUAUUACUUCUUAUUACUGUAGUUACUAGUUUUUUAGUUCUUUGUUGAUUUUUAAAAAUUGUUUAAGAUCUGGCGUUUAGUGCUUUGGGUUUGCAAUUGGUUUAAGAAUACUAAGUUAAAUUAUAAAUGUAGCUACUCUUUGAUUUUUGACUUUUCUGUAAUAUAAGACUUUCCUGUCUGGAAAUGUCUAAAUGUAGUCAACUUCUUGUACAAUAGCCCUAUUAAAGAGGAUUUUAUUACUUGCAAAA